AUGCAGCUGCUUUCCGGUCUCGCUAUUAUCGCUGUUGCGUCCUUCAGUAUGGCUUACGCGGGAUACAUACCGCACGGACACGCUACCAGCUAUGCUUCGGUGGUGCAGCAGGAAGUUGUGCCUCAUCACGCCGCUUACUUGGCUCCAGUUAACCUGGUGGCCUACAGUGGCCAUGGACCUGAUCACUACGAACAUCACGAACCACAUCACUACCCCAAAUAUGCUUUCGAUUAUGGUGUCAAGGACGCACAUACUGGCGAUCACAAGAGCCAAUGGGAACAGCGUGACGGCGAUAAGGUUAAGGGUGGCUACACUCUGGCCGAAGCUGAUGGCACUACCCGCGUCGUGGAAUACACAGCCGAUGAUCAUAAUGGCUUCAACGCCGUCGUAAAGAAGAUCGGCCAUGCGCACCACCCUCAAGUGUAUUAUCAUAAAGAAGCCUAUGGAUAUGAUGGUCACGGACACUAUCCUCUUGGACAUUAA